AUGGCGUCGAGUAAGCGGCCGCCCGAGGAUGACUCGAAAUUGCCCACCUAUCGAUUAGUUGUGAUAGGAGAUGGUGGAGUCGGCAAGAGUUCACUCACUAUCCAGUUCUUCCAGAAGCAGUUUCUCGACUACUAUGACCCAACGAUCGAAGAUCAGUACAUUCAACAUUGUGAAGUUGACGGAAACUGGGUGAUCAUGGAUGUGCUUGACACGGCCGGUCAGGAGGAGUUUUCGGCGAUGCGGGAGCAGUACAUGCGAAACGGUCGGGGUUUCUUGUUAGUCUACUCCGUUACGGAGCGAAAAAGUCUUGACGAGGCCGUGAAACUGUACAGGCAGGUGCUGCGCGUCAAAGAUAGGACAGAAUAUCCAGUUUUACUCGUCGCUAAUAAGAUUGAUCUCACCAAUCAACGGGUAGUGACCGAAGCCGAAGGCCGCAAUGUGGCAGCCAGCCUCAAGCUUCCCUAUAUCGAAACGUCCGCUAAGGACCCACCAGUCAAUGUGGACAAUGCAUUUCAUGAAUUAGUACGGAUUGUGAAAAGUUUCCCGUCUGAUGAAGAUGAUGAAGAGAAUAGCAACAGUGUUUCACCAAAUCGAACAAAAUCGAAGAAAAAGAAAGGGAAACAGAAGUGCAUAAUAAUGUAAUUAUAUAGUUAUUCUAUUGAGUGUCUCUUUUUUUGUGUUUUCUUUUCUGUGCAGAUUUGCAAGUUUAUUCUUCUCCCCUUCCAUUUUUGACGAAAUUAGGCAGCUAACACUAAUCCCAGAACUGCUAGGUAGAUUUUCAUUUGUGGUCAAAAUCUACCUUUUUGAUCGUGGUGCGUAAAGAGCCGUACUUACCACCAUAUUUGAGAAUGUUUCAUAAUUCUAUUUCCUCUUUUUUAUAUCAAGUUCCUUGAUAUUUUUUCGCUAUUUAUUCUUUUUUUUUUCAAUCUUACUGUCGUAGUCCUACUAUUGAAUUGUGCUUGAUAUGAUUUCCAAUUUCGAGUUGUGAUAUAGAUGUGAACUUGCUUCCCAUUGGUGCUGAUUUUACAGUAAUUUUCUUGUCAUUUUCCAAUCUCCUACUCUACUUUGGAUACAACGCAUUAUGAAAAACGAAGGUUGUCUGCCAAUUACCCAGCACCCAAUACUUAAGCGGUCUUACGAUAACAUGCCCAGUAUUUUCACCGAUUUAUUUGCAUCACUUCCAUAAGUGCCUACAUUCUCUCCCAUGCGAUUCCUCAUGCAUUUUUGCGAUUUUUCUUUGCAUUUAUGUUAGUCUUAUUUUCAACAUUGAAGAAGUUGAUAUUAUUUGCCAAAUUCAGCGAUUCGAGUGCCUUAUGAUAAAUUUUUCGUACAUAC